AUGCCCCCGGAGUCGGAGGAAGAGCCGGCCGUCAGCGGAGUUCAGCCGGAGUCCAGCGAAGUUCAGCCGGUAGAGGACGGUCGUGCGGAGCCGGGAGUCAGCGGAGUUCAGCCGGCAGAAGACGGUCAGGCGGAGUCGGAAAGCAGAGCGGUGCAGCUGGCGGAAAACGUUCUGGAGGAGUCCAGUGAGGAAGAUGACGACGAGGAUCCUUUCUUCUGGGGGAGCCGUCCCUUCGACGAACCGGAGGAGGAACGGCCGGUCGAGCAGCCGGUGGUGGAGGUCCGGCCACGUGAGGGCGAGACGCCGGCUAUGACGGCGCGGAGGGUCUGGAGCCAGCGAGUGGCGUCGUCGGAGGAUUCGUCGGCGGAGGCGAGGACGGAGUGUCCACAAUGCCCGGCGGAAUGGACGGAGGAGGCCGUGCGCAACUUCCGGAUGAUGGCCCACUACAAGUGCGCCAUAUGCUUCUUGGUGCCGGAAGACCCGCAGACGACGAAGUGCGGGCACUUGUUCUGCUUCCUGUGUCUCGCGAAGGCGUUGAGGCAAAACCCGGUGUGCCCGACGUGCAGGACGGAGUUGAGAGGUGAAGACGCAGUGAAGAACCUAUAUCUGUACGGUAGCCGGUAG